AUGCCUGGCGCCGCGACCAAGAGACGACGAGCGUAUAGCUCAAGGCCUUUUUACUCCAUCGCUUUUGUUCUCGCUCUCAUUCUUGUCCACGUCUUGUUCGUACGAGGACCGGUAUCCUCAAGGCAGCGACAUGAUGGUGAUGAGCCGCUGCUAUCGGCGAGAUCCGCCGAGGAUUGCCGCUUGGUCCACCAGGCCGAGGACAAAUGCGCAUUUGUCCUGCGGAAUUGUCGCGACGAUGAGGCUGGCCUGAUUCAGUAUCUUUCCCUCUACUACUGCACCCUGGGCACUGCAAAGCCCAUUGCAUUCAUCGUUCUCAUUACCUGGCUAUGCUUGCUGUUCAGUACCAUUGGCAUCGCGGCCAGUGAUUUCUUCAGUGUCAACCUCAGCACCAUUGCCACCAUCUUGGGACUGAGCCAGAGUCUAGCUGGCGUGACUUUUCUAGCCUUUGGCAAUGGAUCUCCCGACGUCUUCAGUACGUUUGCCGCCAUGGGCUCCAACAGCGGCAGUAUGGCUGUGGGCGAGCUCCUGGGCGCUGCGGGCUUCAUCACGGCCGUUGUUGCUGGAUCCAUGGCUCUCGUCAGAGAGUUCAAAGUCAGUAGAAACACGUUUGUCCGCGACAUUCUGUUCUUCAUCGUCGCCGUCGCCUUUACCUUUUACUUCAUCUGGGAUGAGAGAAUCAAACUAUGGGAAUGCUGCACCAUGAUUGCAUUUUAUGCAUUCUAUGUCAUAUUCGUCGUUGCUUGGCAUUGGUACGGGAAAAAGAUCAAGGCUCGCAGAGCACGUGAGACGGCAUCGCGUAGUCAUUUUUUGGCCUCCCGGAGCCAACAGGCAAGCGACGAGCUUGAACCUUACCGGGACGAGCCAGAUGACGACGAAGCUGGGCCUGGGUCUCACCACGGGGGAUCUGUUGUCGACAUUGAUGUUUUGGAUCAAGGCCCAAGAAUUGAGGUUGGAGAAGCUGACUCGGAGGAUGCCGACGAUGAGCGUAAUCAGCACAUUGCCGCUGAAGUCACGAGCAGCAUGAGGGUAAAUCGGCCGAGAGGAAGACGCGCCACAACAACGAUCACCGCGAUCCGGCCCAGUCUGCUUGGCGCGCUCGAGUUCAGGGCAGUCCUGGCCUCACUCUCACAGGAACGAAAUAUGCGCAUGGCGCCAAUUUCAGUGAGAAGUUAUUCGGCGGAUAGGAUUGCUGUUGACAGUGCUGCAAGCGGUGUCGCCGCCGUAGGUGGCCCAGCCAGCGCUCAGUCUGUUCAAGGCACCGGCGCGACGGAGCCCACAAACAGGGUGAGGUCGCGUUCUUCUGGCGCCAUACCAUCCAUCAUGGACGAGGACUUGGUCAUGGCGUCGCCCAGGUCAGACACCAACGAAACACGAACAUCAAGCGUCCCGCCGCACAUCGUGGGAGGAAGACUUGCCCCGCCCCCAACAGACUCGACUGGUGGCCUCGCGCUGGACCAUCAAAGCAACGCAUCACAGCGCCAGCACUUGUUGGGUGGGGGCUUACAGCUUCAGAUUCCCAGCCCGAGUCCUCCAGGUAGUCAUGAUUCCACCCCGGCAGGCUCUCCCUUCCCACAAUACACGGACACACCCAUGCUGAUGACGCCAAAUGUCAUGCAGUCAUCUGUGCCUACGUUACCCACUCCUGGUGUGGAGCGACAUUCACCCUUCGACGACCUGCAGAUUACUGAAGCCUCAAGGCCAGUAAGGUGGUGGCCAUAUCGAUUUUUGCCUGACCCUUAUAUGCUUAUACGCACUCUAUUCCCAACUUUGCAGGACUGGGCAAAUAAAUCCGCUUGGGACAAGCUGGUAAGCGCGUGGUCAGUGCCAAGUGUUUUGCUGUUGGUCAUCACACUACCAGUCGUAGAAAGUGAAACUACCGAUGAUGAUUCGGAAGACAACAUUAUGGAUGAACCAGCUACUGGUGCGGCGCUCAAUGUUGCUCCACCGGUUUCUUUCGAGCCACAUGGCCUGAUGGGCUCCGAGACAGAAUGGCAGCAAUAUAGACGGCACACAAGAUCACGCGCUUCGUCAGGGACCGCGUCACCAGCCGCCAUCUCGUUGGUUGCCCCUGACGAGUCUCAUGAUUCGAGGAACACGGGUAGCACGCCUCAACAUUCCGGCGAGCCUGUGAUACAACUUUACAAACCUGCAUCAGAGCCAAACUCAACAGCCGAUGAUAGUGAGGAUCAAGGGUGGAAUCGGUGGCUCUUGAUCUUGCAGAUAUUUACCGGCCCAAUGUUUGCUGUAUUCAUCGUAUGGGCAAAUGCGGUCGAAGAUUUUGAGCAACCGGGCAAAGUUCUCGUACGCAUGGUAUUGGGUGCACUUGUGUUUUCCCUUGUCGUACUUGGUGUUCUCCUGGCCACCACAAACCCUGAUCGUCGCCCAAAGUAUCACUUCUUGUUUUGUUUUCUCGGGUUUACCAUCGCUAUUGCUUGGAUAUCUACCAUUGCCGGCGAAGUUGUGGGUGUUUUGAAGGCACUUGGUGUCAUUUUUGACAUUUCCGAGGCAAUACUCGGCCUCACAGUAUUUGCCGUCGGUAAUUCUGUAGGCGACCUUGUUGCUGACAUUACUGUUGCUCGGCUCGGCUAUCCCGUCAUGGCACUGUAA